CUGAGUUGCUAUUGGAACCUGCACAUUGGUGUCAGUAGAAGGAUUUUAAGCAAUAGCGGUGUAAAAGGGUAUACCAGAUAUUUAUAUUCUGCUGAUAAACAAUUCAAACUCACACGCAAACAAUAUCAGAUAGAUUAAAAAUGAAGAUAAGUGCAGCGCUCAUACUGUCACUCAGUAUAAUUUCCAUAAGAUAUCAUAGCACAAUGAGCAGUAGCUGGGAACGCAUUCGUCUCCGUGUCGAGACCAAAGAGGGUUUCGAGCCGGUUAGCAAUAAUAGCGUAAGCGCUGAUGUGCGCACUAUAUCCGCUCAUAUAUUGGACACCACAGUGGGUCAGGCUGCAGCAAAUGUCAAUAUUACCGUUUACCGUCUAGAGGGCGAAAAUACUUGGCAAAAACUAAGUGAAGCAACCACCAAUCAAGAUGGUCGUGUGAACCAAUUAGUGCCCGCAACGAGUUAUAAAUCCGGCAUCUAUAAGUUACAUUUCGAUGUGAAACCAUAUCACACUGAACGUGGCAUUAACAGUUUUUAUCCCUUUAUUGAAAUAGUAGUGCUCUGUGAACAUGGUCAGCGUUAUCAUAUUCCAUUGCUAUUGAAUCCUUAUGGCUAUACGACUUACAGAGGUACUUGAAUGGAAGUAUUAAAAAAUAAAUGGAACAUUUUUUUAAGAAA